AUGGUUUUUGUAGGGGUUUUGGUUGAAUCGUGGGUGUAUGGGUUGAAGGGAGCUCUGCUGCCCGAGCUCCGCCCGUUUCUCGCCGUGCUGCCCUCCGCCCGCCCGUUCGUCGCCGGCUUCCUUACGCCCAAGUGCCGACGCCGUUGCAGCGCCGCUCGCUCGCCGCCGAACGCCUCCCCUGCCUUCGCCGCGCCCCCCGCUACUGCCGUCGCUCGCCUGCGCCUCCUACCGCCAAGCAACGCCUGCAACUCCAGCUGCUGUUUCACGGUCGCCGGAGCUCCGAGCGCCGUCUCCGCGCCUGCACCUCCGCCCGACGCCCCCGCCUCUGCUCACCCGUCGCCGGUGCCUGUCCCCGAUGCCCAGCAGCUCGUGCCUACACCCCCGCCCGACGCCGCGAGCACCAGCAGCACCUCCGCAGCCGCGAAUACCAGCAGCACCUCCACCCACGACCUGCUCACCCGUCGUCGCUGCUGGUCCGCCCACCAGUCGCCGUGCCUCCCGUUGCCCGACCCCUGCGCCGCCGUCCCCGACCCCGGCGCAAAUGGUUGGUCGCAAAUCCUGCGCACUGGUCCCGUUUAG